AGUUGCAUGCAAUUCGAGCGCAGUAAGUCAGUUAUAUUCGCGACGCGAGUACUGGGUGUAGUGACAGUGGAGUAGAUCAGACUUAUUUCAUCAAGUUAUUAAAAUAUGAGUACCUCUGUAAAUCUGAAGGAAGGAAAAUUAAGUAUCUCUACGCAUGUUUUGGACACUAGUAGAGGUCGGCCUGCUGACGGCUUGCUCGUGUGUCUCUACAAGUUUGAAAAUGACAAGUGGAUUUUUCUGAAACAAAGCCAGACAGACUCGAACGGACGCUGCGGAGAUCUGUUGCAGGACGAGCGAGAGAAUCCCGCGCCCGGCAGAUUUAAAAUUGAGUUUCAGGUGAAUGACUAUUUCAAGCGAAUCGCAACCGCCUCCAUGUACCCAAUGAUUGACGUGAUGUUUGACGUGCAAGAUUCCAGCGAGCACUAUCACAUACCUCUGCUGCUGAAUCCUUUCGGAUAUACCACGUAUCGCGGCUCAUAAUCGGUGUCAUGCUUAAAGAUGAUUUCGCCACGUUUUACGCGGCGAUGGACAUUACAAAACGACCCAAGGGAUUUACCAGCAAAAAUUAACUUUAUUCUUGAUCUACGCACGGCGUGUCUACAUCUACAUGUCAAUCGGAUUGUGAGAGAAGACACGGACGGAAUAAAUUAAAGAAUACUGACAGUAUAAGAUUUAUAUGAAAUCUCGUUUCGCAAACAUUGCAAAAAAUUAAACAGACGAAAACAAUCGAAAUUUGUCCUAUUAAGGUCAAUUUUCAAUGUAAAUUAACUUUAUAAUCUCAGUUAAAUUUACUUAUUAUCUUUUCUUAUAAAAAUUAGAAAAAGAUAAAGAGUAAAUUAAACCGAGUAAAUUAUAAUUAAUCUACAAAAAUAGACAUAUAUAAGUCGAAUAUUGAUAUCAAAGAGGAUAAUAUUGACGUAUCUCUUAAAUUGAUUUUUCUGACAUAAAAAACUUUGCAAGCUGAAAA